AUGUCGGGAAAACCUCUUCAAGCGCUUAACAGCGUUCAAAUUAACGCCAAAAGCAACGGAAUCAUCCAUACUCCCGCCAAGGCAGCAGUUUCGAAACCAGAAAUCCAUCAUCAUCGUCGCAAACAAAAGCUAAGCUCUCUUUGUAAGACUCCUCCAAGUGUCGUUCGUACCAGAAACGGUAGGGGCUAUCACAGAGGUAUGUUUUUAGGUGAAGGUGGCUUUGCAAGAUGUUUUCAGAUGAAGGAUGAGUCCGGUAAGAUAUAUGCUGCCAAGACUGUCGCCAAGGCUUCGAUUAAGAACGAGAAGACCAAGACAAAACUGCUAUCCGAGAUUAAAAUCCACAAGAGUAUGUCACACCCCAACAUUGUCAAAUUCGUUGACUGUUUCGAAGAUGACGUCAACGUCUAUAUUCUCUUGGAAAUCUGUCCAAACCAUUCACUUAUGGAUCUAUUGAAGAGCAGAAAGUUCGUUAGCGAGCCUGAAGUUCGCUUCUUCAUGACCCAGAUCAUCGGUGCUGUGAGAUAUCUUCACGGUCGCAUGGUGGUUCAUAGAGAUUUAAAGUUGGGUAACGUUUUCUUUGAUCCUGAAAUGAAUUUGAAAAUUGGUGACUUUGGUUUAGCCACUGUACUCAAUCCUCCUUAUAACAAGAGAUAUACCAUUUGUGGUACUCCGAACUAUAUCGCUCCGGAAGUUUUGGGCGGCAAAAAGACCGGCCACAGCUAUGAGGUGGAUAUCUGGGCAAUUGGAAUUAUGAUGUAUGCCAUGUUGUUUGGCAAACCUCCUUUCCAAGCCAAAGAUGUUCAGGUGAUCUAUGAAAGGAUCAAGCGUAACGAGUACAGAUUUCCAUCCGAUUCUUCUGUUUCUGAGCAAGCCGUUGAUCUUAUCAAUAUGUUGUUGAAGCACAACCCUAAAAGUAGACCUAGUUUAGACGACAUUUUGCAGCAUCCUUGGUUUACAUCGGGUCCAUUCCCAUCAAGAAUUACCACGGACUCGCUCAAGGGAACCCCUAGCAACUUCUCCAUGCUAACAAGAGAGGAAUCGUUGAUCAACUUUGAAAAUACCAAGAAUCAUGCCGGUAUCGGUCAUGAUCCAACGGUUCCCGUGGAGAUACUUACUAGCGAUCUUCACAGCGAGAGACCUAAAACGCUCCUACCCCAUUCUUUAUCACCAGAUAACAACAAGAGCAAAUACCGGGAGAUUAUCAGCCCUAUGGGAGGCAACGGUAAUGUUAAUGUCAAACCUUAUAAGAGCAAGCUGUCGAGUGAACUCAAUAGGGUGACUUAUGAAAGUAAGAUGGUGCAGUUAUUGAAUGAAUCGCUGUCCAGGACGCUAACCAACCUUAAACAGAUUGAAGAUGGCACCACGGCAAAUAAUGUGCACAAUAUAGACCAGGUGGAGACACCAGUAUUGGUUUCAAAAUGGGUGGACUACUCAAACAAACAUGGUUUUGCAUACCAACUUACGACAGGAUCGAUUGGCGUGCUUUUCAACUCGGGAUAUACAGUAUUGAAGAAUCCCGAAUACACCAAAGUUUGUAUCAUCGAACCAGUUGUUGAGAGAGGUUGGGAUGUCCAUAGUAUGCAGCCAAACGAUGUUCCUCCUUUCAUGGAACGAAAUGUUGAGAUAGUGGAUUUUUUCCAGAAGUACAUGAAUGCACAUCUCUCGGAUGUGGCCAAUGGAGCGGAUGAAGACGCACCAGAGGCGGUCUUUUUGAGAAGAUACACGAGAGACGAUAACUACAUUAUGUUUGAGAUGAGCAAUGGCAGCUAUCAGUUCAACUUCAAGGAUCACCACAAGUACGUACUAUCACAGUAUGGUGAGUAUAUCACACAUGUUUCUCCUGCCAAGAAGAUUGAGACUCUUCCGCUAGAAUAUGUGAUCAGCCAGGGAAACUUUCUACAGUAUAAAGACGAGUACUUUGACGUAAAGUACGAGUUUCUCAAGCACGCACUCAGGGAGAAAAUAGCUAUGUAA